AUGGACGUCCUCUCUGGCAAUCAACCCGCUCCGGGAGAAAUGGAAAAUCUCCCGUUUCCAGCACAAACGAGGCAGGCUGCUGGAGUCAUAGGGGGCGUUCAGACAGACGUGAUGGCAGUAUCUUUUUCGGAUAAGAUUCUAGUGACAAUAUCGCAGAAUGGGAGACUAGCGCAUUGGCUGCACGUCCCUCUCGAAAACACAAACCCUGGUACGAGCGGCUACCAUACGAUACCCGACGAAGGCGACGAUAGCUUACUUCCUCUUGCCGAACUGACAGCAACAACGGUGCUGGGCGGACGCUCUGGCGAGUUGGAGAGCAUUGGUCAUUUAUAUGCUUGCCAGAUCGCCAACGCUAUCGCAACGAAGAACCCGAGCGAGAAAAGGCUCCUCGUUGUGGGCCUUGGAUUGGACAAGCUGGAUGCGGACCGCGACAUUUUCUUUGGUAUUAUCGACCUGGUUCUGCGAUGCAUAUGA